UGUUUUAUAUCCCAAUAAAGAUAAAUACUAUGGGGAGAGGACUCCUGAAGACAUGCAGAACUUUGUUUUGCAUAAACUACCUACUCAGGCAACUGAAAUUUCUAACUACAAUAUCCUUAAGGAUACUCUGGAGGAUGAAAUAAUAAGAAGUUCUCCCUUACUGUUCAUCUUCUGUAAAGAUUCCGACGACACCAAUUGUCCUUCGUGGCAAAGCAGGAGCAAGCUCUCUUAUAUCUUCGAUGGGUUAGUUGCAGUGGCUUAUGUCGACUGUUCCUCCAAAGAUAUAUCAUGUUCCAAGACCGGAUUCCAGUCAGCUACCGUACACCUACCGUCAGGCAAUUCUACUCUUCAAGCUGGCAUUGAGAUUCACAGUCUUAACUAUCUUGAAAUCGCGACUCAAAUACUCGGACAGCUUCCGGAAGCGGAACUCGUUGACGAAGAAAGUCUAGAGAAUAUCAGGGCAAAGUUAAACGAAGAUCUCGGCCAAGAUUGGCUCAUUUAUUUUACAGAAAGCCAAGAUUCGUCUCGCUUCACCGAUCUACAGUAAUAACAGUAUAGACGACUACCUGCCCUCUUACCUCAUAUAAAAUUAGGUCACAUCAAUUGUAAUAUGUCUGAAGAACUUUGCAA